AUGAAUUUCCCAUCAAUUUUCAGAUUGAACUCCUUGUAAUUCAAAUAUAUAUGCUAAAGUAAAAUGAAUAUUCAUAAGGCUAUGGUUAGCUUGAGAUAGCAAAUUCUUUAAAAUGCCGAGCUAGAUAAGAGUAUUAUGAUUGAAGGCGUUGAGUCUUCAAGCCAGGAUUUUAAUCAAUCUAUUUUCAGAACUAUAGAUAAAAAGGCAACACAUCACUUCUGGAGUUCUACUGGUUCAAGUGAUGAAAAUGAUUGUGAGUAUUUGAUUUACAAAUUAGCUGCGAAUCAGAGUCUGGAAAAAGGACUAAUAUUUUCUGUGAUAAUUUCAGUGUUCCAAGCAAAUUACAUGCCAAACAGUCCCUUAUUUCCUCCUUUGAGAAUAUAAAUAGAAAUAGGGAAUGCCCCUGGAAAAUAUCACUAUAAAAGCAAGAUUUUCCAGUUCGAAUAAAAUACUACCAGAGACCAAGUAUUUUGUUUACUACCUGAUAUUGUUUGUGGAGAAUAUAUCAAGAUUGGUUUAAUUGGUAAAACUGAAGUUCAAGCUACAGAUAACCUCAAAUACAUUGCAUUAGGAUAUGUUGGGGCUUAGGGUUGUUUGAUUGAAGAACUUAAGAAUUAGGAUAUCAUAAACAUGGUGACGUUUGAGUCAAAGGAGCAUGAAGUAAAAUCAUAUAAAGAUGAAGAAGUUAAAUAGUAGUCUCAUGAAAAUCUAAUUUCUGUUGAUUAAUUUAAAAGUGAUAUUAGAAAAAUAAAAGAUGGUAAGCUUUCAGAACUGCCAGAAUAUUUAUUCAAGCAAAGGUAGGUAUUUCUAAACAACUUUAGUGAAGUUUGGGAUCAGAAAGUUCUAGAAUAAACUGAUACAAUUGACUUAUUUGACUUUUCGACAGAAAGAUUUGGAUAACUUGAUUUUUACCAAACAAUGCUUCUAUUCAAAAUUUUAGACUCUUUAAAAUAAGAUGAUUUGUAGGCUUAUUAAUAUUUAGAGAGGCUAAGUGCCUCCCAUUAAAUACACGAGCUUAGAUACAUUAAGGAAGUUAUACAGAAGUUUUCAUAUGAGUCUGAUCCAGAUUCAAAAAUUAGCACAGGAACGAAAUUGCUAUUUUUCUAGACAUUUUAAUUGACUUAUAACAUAUUUGAAUAUAACUUAAAGGCAACUAAUUCAAUUGAAACUAUUUAAAGGGCAUUUUAAUUCUUGAACUACUUAGGUUAUAACAUCGCUUACUAGAAAGGAGAAGACCUUGAUGUGGAGAGAUUAGUUAAUGCUAUUGUUGAAAAAUUUGGUAGAAUUACGACUGGAACAUUUCUUGAAUACACUUUUGGAAACAUAAUGUGGCAAACAAGAGAAAAAGAAAAGUUGAGAGCUGUAAUUGAGAAGCUCAAGGUGUAAGAUGAUAGAAGUGCACAAGAUGCAUCAACUUUAUGA